AUGGACAUGUCUAGUGGCUCCUCUGUGUCCGGCGAUUCUUCUAUGUCGGGCGUUAGCUCUCCAUCGACGAGUGGCAUGAACAUGUCCGGAUCUUCUGGCAUGAUGAUGUAUUUGCACUUCACCGGCGGGGAUUAUCUCUUCUUCAAGAGCCUCGCCCCGGUAUCGGGCGGCGCGUUGACAGGCGCAAGUCUAUUUCUUGUGUUUCUUGCCGUCGCCGAGCGCGGACUCUUUGCUGGGAGGAGCCUACUAGAGGCGCGUUGGCGCCAGGCUUCGCUUGAUGGACAAGACGCGAAGGUCGACCCCGGUCCGCCAUUCACCACCACAUCCCUCCUUCGUGGUCCCAGCCGCCGAUCACGCUUCAUGCUCGCCCGCGAUUUCAUACGCGGUAUUCUUUACGGCCUACAAGCCUUCCUCUCGUACGCUCUUAUGCUCGCAGUCAUGACAUUCCAGGCGGCGUACAUAAUAGCUAUUGUGGCCGGUCUUGCGCUCGGAGAAAUGGUGUUCGGUCGCUUCGCGUCGCUGAAUGCGAUCGCGGUCUCGUCCCAGUGUUGUUAA